CCAAGGUGAGCUUUAAAAAUUUAUGGUUUUUUUUAAGUAUUGUAAUACUGGCAAGGACAGUAUUGCAUUUCCUAUGCAUGUUUCCUAUGCAUUUGCAUAGGAAAACCUAAGUGGUGCAGGAACCAAGUGGAACAUUUCAGGUGCUUUUUGGGGGGGCCUGUAGCAGAAAUGUUAAGUCACAGCUUGAAACAGUGGCUGAGCACCUGGUGGAAGGCAGGGCAACCCGGAGGAGCUCAGCUGCAUGCGAUGCACCUGGGUGACUGGAAGGGGUGGAGCCAGGAUCCAGUCCUUCCCAGACCUCAUUUAAGGGCUGGCAGUGAGCUGGAGGUGGGGGCAUCUUGCUGGAGAUCCCUGCCUACUGGAGGCCUUCUGAAAGUGGCGACAGACAAGGUUGCAGGCAAGCUGAGCUCUACUCUCUCAUGGGUGAAGAACACUGUAUCACACACUGUCAGUCAGAUGGCCAGUCAGGUGGCAAGUCCAUCUGCCUCUUUACACACUACAUCCUCCUCUACCACUCUGUCUACACCUGCAUUAUCACCAUCCUCGCCAGCACAGCUGAGUCCAGACGACCUAGAAUUACUGGCUAAACUUGAGGAGCAGAACAGGCUCCUAGAAACAGAUAGCAAAUCCUUGCGAUCGGUAAAUGGGUCAAGAAGAAAUAGUGGAUCUUCUCUUGUAUCUAGUUCAUCAGCUUCUAGCAAUCUCAGCCAUCUUGAAGAAGACUCGUGGAUCCUGUGGGGGAGAAUUGUGAAUGAAUGGGAAGAUGUACGGAAAAAGAAAGAAAAGCAAGUUAAGGAGCUUGUUCGAAAAGGGAUACCUCAUCAUUUCAGAGCAAUUGUUUGGCAGCUUCUGUGUAGUGCUCAAAGCAUGCCAAUAAAGGAUCAGUAUUCAGAGCUUUUGAAAAUGACAUCUCCUUGUGAGAAACUAAUAAGAAGGGACAUUGCUAGAACGUAUCCAGAGCAUGAUUUCUUUAAGGAGAAAGACAGCCUUGGGCAGGAGGUUUUAUUUAAUGUAAUGAAGGCUUAUUCUUUGGUGGAUCGUGAAGUUGGAUACUGUCAAGGAAGUGCUUUUAUUGUUGGAUUACUACUUAUGCAGAUGCCAGAAGAAGAAGCGUUUUGUGUGUUUGUUAAAUUAAUGCAAGAUUACAGACUACGAGAACUCUUCAAACCAAGCAUGGCUGAACUGGGCCUUUGUAUGUACCAGUUUGAGUGCAUGAUACAGGAGCAUCUUCCAGAACUUUAUGUGCACUUUCAGUCUCAGAGUUUCCACACUUCUAUGUAUGCAUCAUCAUGGUUUUUAACUAUAUUUCUUACAACUUUUCCACUACCAAUUGCAACAAGAAUAUUUGAUAUCUUUAUGUCUGAGGGUUUGGAGAUAGUAUUUCGAGUAGGUUUAGCACUACUUCAGACAAACCAAGCAGAAUUACUGCAACUUGACAUGGAAGGGAUGUUACAGCACUUUCAAAAGGUCAUUCCACAUCAGUUUGACAGUGGUCCAGACAAAUUAAUCCAGGCAUCUUACCAAGUCAAAUACAAUGCAAAAAAGAUGAAAAAGUUAGAGAAGGAAUACACUACAAUAAAAACAAAAGAAAUGGAAGAACAAGUCGAAAUUAAAAGGUUGCGAACUGAAAAUAGGCUCCUAAAACAGCGCAUUGAAACAUUAGAGAAAGAAAGUGCUUCCUUGGCAGAUAGAUUGAUACAGGGACAAGUGACAAGGGCCCAGGAGGCUGAGGAAAACUACCUCAUAAAACGGGAGCUGGCCACCAUCAAACAGCAGAGUGAUGAGGCCAAUACUAAACUGGAGCAAGCUGAGAGUACCAUCAGGGAGCUCCAACAGCAGCAGCAAUGGCAUAAAUGCAGUUCACGAUACAGUGAAGACUUUGUGCUACAGCUGGAAAAAGAGCUGGUCCAAGCCAGGCUGAGUGAAGCAGAAUCCCAUUGUGCCCUGAAGGAGAUGCAAGAUAAAGUUCUAGAGAUGGAAAAGAGGAACAGUGCUCUCCCUGAUGAGGAAAAUGUUGCUAGACUACAAGAAGAACUGAUUGCAGUGAAACUCAGAGAAGCAGAAGCUUUGAUGGGUCUCAAAGAACUAAGGCAGCAAGUCAAAGACUUGGAGGAACACUGGCAGCGUCACCUAGCUCGCACCACUGGGAGGUGGAAAGAUCCUCCGAGAAAAAAUACAGUGAAUGAACUGCAGGAUGAGCUGAUGACAGUCCGACUGAGAGAAGCAGAAACUCAGGCUGAAUUGAAAGAAACCAAACAAAGAAUGAUGGAGAUGGAAACACAGAGUCAGAUCAAUAAUAACCAUUUGCGAAGGGCAGAGCUGGAGGUCACCAGCCUGCAGGAGAAGGUACAGUAUCUUACUGCACAGAACAAAGGACUUCUUGCUCAGCUGAAUGAAGCAAAACGUAGACAAGCGGAGAUUGAAUGUAAGAGUAAAGAAGAAGUGAUGGCAGUGCGGCUCCGUGAGGCAGACCGCAUAGCAGCUGUGGCUGAACUCCAGCAGCACAUUGCUGAAUUAGAAAUCCAGAAAGAAGAAGGAAAGAUUCAAGGGCAGCUUAAUAAAUCUGAUUCUAACCAGUAUAUCAGAGAACUGAAAGAUCAGAUAGCUGAGCUGCAUCAUGAGGGCAUGAAUUAAGAUCCUCAAGUGAAAUGGGAGGAGGAAUAAAUUCCUGCAGAUGUACAAAUGUCAUUUUUAUCACUGAUAAGAGUACUUACUGAAAGCUAGGAAGAAUUACUAAAGUGUUUCCAUCUUGUUAUAGUCUUUAUGAGGUGCCAGCUAUUGACCAGUGUCAGAGACAGUACGUGGAGCUAAUUUUGUGGUAGCUGCUCUAUAGGAGAUGCUUUUUAUAAAAUAAUUGCUCAACAUAUUUUGAGGGGAAUAAUGAGAAAAUCUUGUGUGUUUUCUGUAUUGGAAUGAAAACCAGAAUCCUGAUGUUACUGUGCUACGAAGGUUAGUGUUCAAAAAUUAGAAAAGCCUCUGCCAGCUGUUCUCAUUAGCAACAUUUCAGCAGGGCUGGUGGAAAAGAUGACAGAUGACUGAAGCAUUAUUUUCCAAAACAAAUUUUUGAAGUUUUUAGAAGACUAUAAUGAUUUCAAAAAAAAAUUAUGGUGAUUUAAGUUCUUGUGUCUUUACAGUGAAGAAAGGGGGAUUUUUUGGAAGUAUCUUCCCUUUUUUUAGUAUUUAAAAACUCAAUGAGCUCUCAAAGUAGAGACUAGUAGUUUACUGACUUUUCCCACUUCUGUAAUUUUAUCUAGGGAUGGAACUGAUGUUACAUUGUAAGAAACUAAUGCAGUCAGUAAGAUUCUGAUAUAGAUAUUAUCUCAUGGUCUGAUCUCAUUUCUGGCGAGCUUAUGUUUUAAGAUUGCCUUAAUGAAAAGAGAUAUAAAAGUUGGAGAUUACAUACAAUGCUUUUAAAAGAUUUUGCUUGUGUGAUAAAAUUCAAGACACUUUAGGUAAUUACUUUGAAGAUAAUGCAUAAGAUAUGACCAAAAGAGUAAUUGGUAAUAUAGCUAAAGCUAAGAAUUAAGGCUGUAUUUUGCAACUUAAUGUAGCUUUCUAGACUUUUACUGCUGAAACUAGAUUGGAGAAGGGAAAGUAAGCAAUAGCCAUCAGCAAGAAGGAUGAAAAAUCUCAUACACGUCACAUAUACAACAAUCAAAUAAAAUUUGACGUUAUAAUACGCAGGAGGGGCGUUCAAACCAUGUUAACAAUUCCUUUUGGUCUUAAAAUACUGUGAAGUUGUAUGGUAAGUAAGCUGUGUUUAAAAACUGCCAAAUUAUUUCCUCUGUAUUUCUGGCAUGCUACCAAGGAGCAUUCUGUCUUUCCUCUUUAUUUUCUUACUAGUUCUCCUUUGAGUCAGAUUUAGUGCUUAGCAAAUCAGAUGCUCCAUAAUCUGAAAUGCCUCUAGACAAGAAGCAGGGAAAGCAAUUCUGAACUUCGCUCUCAUGUGCUUGAACUGCUGUUGUUCAGCUACUCUGUUUGGAUGUGCCUGUGCUGCAUUUGUCACUGCAGUGUGGGCACAUCUUUAAAUGGUAUUUAUAGCUGUGAAUGGGUUGUAUGUAGAUUUGGGUAAUGAAUGUAGAAGGAUUAACUGGAGGAAGCGAAUUCUAGUUUGAACUACUGGAAACAAAGAUCUUCACUGAAGACAUUUAUAGGGUGGUGACUUGUAGAGUAACAUCAUAUGGGUUAGUGAGUGGAGAUCAAAUGGAUCAGCAUGUAGAUCUUGGGAAUAGACUUAACUAAUUUUAUCAGAACUAGAUAUAGGGAAGUCUCAGAAAGUCUUAUUACAUGUAAAGUACUAUUUACAUUGAACAUAACACUUUAUUCAGUCUCUUGUCAACUUCCUCUCCUUUCUAUUGGAGAUAAUGAGGUUCAGUAAAGGUUGGAAGAAGCAUACUGUUUACUUUUCAUGUAGUACUGGCAGAUAUGCAUUGGGCUCUUUGUGACUGUCAUUUUUUUUGUUCUUUUGUAAAAGCAGUUAAUUUCUAUGAUUUCUGUCAAUUUUUACUGUUCUUAAUUCAUAGUUUUCACUAUGCUUGCUAGAAAUACUGUAUUAAAUUAUGCAAAGUAGUUUUCAUUACUGCCUAGAGCCAAAGUAUCACCUUCUAGUAGUUUGCUGUACUGGAUGAAUGCUUUCAAAAUAUGUGGUUCUGUAAAUGUUUUCUUACUUGAUAAGAAAUGCUGUCUUUGAAAGGAAAUAUGUUAGCCCUCAGAUUUACAAAGCAUUUCAACUUGUGGUAGAAGUCUAUAGCACAAUAAAUCAAGAGCUUUUCUUCCUCCAUAUCUUGCAAGCACAGUUGGACAAGAGACCAUCAGAUUUUCCCUCCCCACAAGUGAAGUUCUUGCAAAGCUUCUGGACAGCUAAAAAUGUAGUUGGUCUACUGGUACGUGUCAAAGAUACAGAGCCUCCGUGCUGGUGGAGUCUGAUUUAAGUGGUUGUGGUCAGUCUGAGGAACCUGUGAUGUGAUAAGAUAGCGUUUGUGAGGUCAUGUGGUUUGUGAACUCCAAGUCUAAUGUAGCAGCUUUGUCUACACAGGAUAGUUAAAUAUAUACUGUGUGCUUUAGAAAAGUGAAUUGCUUUAUUCCUUUAAUUCAGCCUCUCCUUGAGAAUCAAAAGAUGUUAGACUGGCUGGAUAAUACCAAUAUUGAUACAGAAGUAUGAUGCUGAACAGAUAUGGAGUCCCAUUACUUUAUCCAGUUAAUUGUUCUUCAUAAAAGAGUUGGCUUUAAAAACUGUCUGGCUUAAACUAAGCAGUGAACAAGUAAAAGCACUGUUGCUGUGUCUAUUUUGUGAAAAUUGGUGGAUUAUUUUGAUUAGUUUUGAGUAGGUGUUUGUAGCCUAAACCAGACAUGCUACACUUGUCCAAAAAGGUAGGAUUGAUUUCAUAGUGGUUUUAAAUUACACGCUCCUCAGUAACACCUUCAACAAAAUGAUGGAUGAACAGUGUAACCAGGCACAGUGAUGCAGUCUCCUCUCAGGGCAGGUAUGACUUUGUUCACCAUGGUGGGACUAGAAGAUGAGGGCAACAGUUUUAGAUACAAAUCUUAGCUUUCACUGCCACUAUGGCAGAUUAGAUUUGAUGAUAAAAUAAAUGAAGUUUGGUGAUUGUAGGAACAUUUCCCUUUUAUGUGUUCUCUUUUCUGAUUGUAUCCUGCUGCAUCUAAGCUCCAGAUCUGUCUUGUGGAGAAAUACACUAGUUACUGAUUGCAGUAAUAGAAGUGAGUGCAUCUACCUACACUGAACUAUACAGAGUCCCUGUUUGGUGUUUACCUGGGUUGUCAAAGGAAGUAAACUGAUCAUAAGUAAUAUUAUUUUACUAUUGAGACAAUAAUUCCCCUUAGUCAUUUUGUUGUUGCUUUUAAGCUGUGUGACCUGUCUACUGUAUUACAUAGAGCUUUGUCAGGAUCUGUCAUGUGUUUCUGCUUAUAAAAGUUCUGUUAGGAAUUCAGAAGUGGGAGAAGUACUGGUUUGAACUUAUAAUUGCUCCUUGGAAGAAAUUGUCAGCCACCGUGCACAGGUGCCAUCUAUUUCCUACUUGAGAAAUAGCUCAGGAGAAGAAUGCUGUGUGUUAGCAUGUUUCUACCCUUCUGAAAUGGUUAUUGUUCUCUGAAAGGCAGGCAGCACAGAUAGAAGUAAUUUCAGGUAUCAGGCAAAAAUAAAUGUUACUUUGUCUGCUUGAAAAUGCUGAGGUUAACUCCCUGUUUUAAAAGAAUAGAGCGAAAGUGCGAAAUGAUCAUUUCCUGUAACUGUGUGCAUUAUGGGUACGUUUUCAGUCUCUGCAUCAGCCAGUUGUGCUCCAGCCAGCGCCUGAGGUUUCGGUCAUUUUUCUAUUUAUAGACACGUGCUCUAGGGAGAAGGAGCAGUGAGAUUUAGGCAGCUCCUUGGGUCUAUGAUAAUCACAGUACAUUCAAUGUGAUCAUGCUGCUGUUUUAAAAUGUUUUUGUUGCCAUGUCCUCCAAAUAAACACUUUCAUUAGAACUUCUCGUGGGAAGAGUUUCUGGGAACUUUCCUUCCACCUACCAACUAGCUACUUAUAGAAACUUCCCAAGGCUAACGUAGCUUAGAACUUUUUGGAAUUGCAUAUGAUCUCAUUACAACAAAUUUGUCAAGAUCUCCCUCAACAGUCAGAACAUGACUUAGUUACCAGAGACUGAUUUUUUUUUUUUUUUUUUUUUAAAUUUUAAAUAUACAUAGUUUAAAAGUUGAGUGCUUUCUUAGCACUGUUUUUUAUUUCAUACUUGAUACAGAAUUUCAAAGGUUAAUUUGAUUACGUGGCUGUAGAUCAAAAACAGUCUUUAACCAUAUAGUGCAGUGAUCAAAAAGUCAUGACCUCCCAUUGAUCGGUUUAUUGGUUUCCUGUUCUGAUUCACUGGAAACCUUCUGGUCUGUAUGCUUGUUGCUAGUUCUAAUCUUUGUCACGUUUGCAACACAGCAAUACUGUCUUUACUAAAACUGCUAUACAACAUACAUUUACCAUAUUUCCUUUUGAAUCUAGAGCUCCUUAAUUAAAGUACUGAAAAUGUCUUUUAUUUUAAACAAGGCAGAAAAUGUGCACUCAUAGAGCAAUGUGGAAUGCACAUUGAAACAACUAGCAUUGAGCUUUAAUGCAUUAAAGCUACCUCAUAGUUUAUUCAACUUGUUGGUAUCUGUAGGGUUUUUAUCAAGCCUUCUACACUACAGUGAAACAACAUAUUCACAGAAGCUAGCAAUUUAAAACAGUCCACAUAUUAAGCACUAUAAGAGAAUAUAUCUUUAAAAGCAUGGAAUGGCUAAGUCUUGGAAAUUUCUUGCUGCUGUUUCGCUUUGCACUUGUGACACAUUAAGCAGUGGCUUAAAUUCUGUCAAGUAAUAUGGUCAGCAAAAUUAAUUUGUGGUAAAUACAAACAUAUUGGCACACAAAUUGUUUUUAACCCUUUUGUUUUUGUUAAAGGGUGACCUGAAAAUAACUGUUUUAACAGGAUAAUUUUGUUAGUUAAUCACAUAAUGAACUUAGAAUUCAAGUUGUCUGGAUUAAUCUAGGAAAAAAAAAAUCUUUGGGCUUUUGUCUUUCAAGAACAGCAGCCAUAUUUGUACAACCAAAAAAGCAGCCCAUGUCCUUUCUGGUAAAUUAUGCUAUUGCCCCUGUUUGGGCCCACAAUAAAAUACCAAACUAUCACUAACUUUUGAUGUCCAUUGUGAAUUUUGUAGACUUCCUAUUUUAAUCACAUCAAACUCUGUCUCAGUUAGGCAAAUGUGCUGAGUCCCAGACAGUCCUGAGUGUUCUUGGGCAUGGUUUAAGAUUCUCCUGCAGUGUCUGGCUAACACCAUGAUUUCAGAGAGACUGGCUAAACUCCUAUGCUGUUCAUUUAUUGAAUACUCCUGUUUUGUACUGCCUUGCAAACACGGCUUUUGAGAGUAUGGAGAAAAGGAAAAUAUAAAUGCUAAAGCUAUGUUAUGGUUAUUUCAAUCUGCUAGAACCCAAAUUUAUAUGGAAGCCCUCACCUCUGCACUUCAGACUGACUUUAUAAUGGGGUUUUUGUCCAUGUAUUAAAAUUCUGUAUUAAAAUUUUCUUGAAAUAGUUUUGCAAACACUUUUCAAAUGCAUUCACUCAUGUUUCUGUUUGUGUCUCUUCAGCAAUGCUGAGCAUAUUGAAGGGCUUGCAUUUCAACAAAAUCUCAACAAUUUCCUAAUUUUCAUUAGUUUUUUUUUUUUUAAUAAUGUGAAAUUAAAUCUCAGAGGAAGUAAAUAUGGCAUCUUAGUAAUACUACUUACUUACAAACAUAUUUGUCUGUCGUGUCCAUCUCAAAAUUGGUACGUUGUAGCUCAAGCUGAAGUGGAACUUCAGUAAAUCGUUAAAACUCCAAAUUGUUCUGGAAUAGUCUCAAUAGCUUAAGUCAUAAUACUUCAAAUAAAAGCUGUCUGAAAACAUGAAGAUGUAACCAAUUUCCUGAAUUCCUCUGCUAAGAAUAUCUGUGCAGAUCUCCAUAUCUGCCUCAAAGUGAAAGAAAAAACAAUUUCACUUCUUUCUUUUCAUUUUUUUGUCUUGGUUUUGUGUAUUUCUCACAAAUCUUUUGUGGUCUGCAGAAUGUACUCUUUUCUGCUUCAUUUUCUAAGUCUAGUGGUAGAUGGAGCAGUGGAGAAUCCAAAAUGGCUUUUGUAAGAGAUGCAAGGAUGACCAUUUCCGUAACUUUUCGUAUGGAUCUCACUAAACAGAAUCCCAUACAGGUCCUUCUCAACUGUUGCUCUUCUAAACAAUGAGUCCAUGUUAUUAAGGCCUCUCCCUCAGGAAAAACAGCAAUGAUCAGGUGAACUUGAGUAAGCAGAGUAAAUGGGAGUUCCUGGAUUUGGCAUCUAUCCUGGUUGGUUUGGGCUUCUUGAAUCAUCAGUAAUUUCCAGGAAUGACCCUUAUGUCUGACAUUGCUGGUAGCUGUGUUUAUAGCAAUGGCUUUGGGGUAGGCGGGGGUGGGGAGGGGUGAUGGACAAAAACAAACAACAACAGCAAACAAGUUUAAUGUUCAGUAAUGUGAAACAGGAAAUUCACUGGUGCUGAAAUAAAAGCCACAACCUUGAGUCUGGUCUUGGUUAUACUGACAGUGCAAUUCUAGUUUAGCAAAUAUUUUACGUUUAUUUUAAAAAUUGUUAGCAACUGUUGUCUUGUUUCUAACACAAAGAAAGCCUGAUGUGAUAUACAUUGCUGAAUGUUUUACGUGUUUGUUUGCUUGAAGGUUGUGCAAGUUAUCAGGAAGGUCUCAAAAAACCAAAACUCCUGCUUUUCGCAUAUGAUCCUCAUAUAAACUGCAUCAUAACUGAGGAAAAUGAAGGAUGCCUUUCAGAUAUACAUUUUUUACGUUAACCUGUUCAUUGCAUGAUGUUGUUCUGCUUUUCUUAAAUCUGAGUUUUCAGAGAGCAAUAAUUACAAGCUUUCAUUAACAUGCUCUGAUGCAGUUCUGUUGCAGUGCAUAGCAAGCAGUCCUUGUAUAAGGAAGUUGAUUUUAUUGGGGAACUUUACAACCAGCAUUUGCAUUGUAGCUGUACAGCCAUUUAACUUGCUCAGAAUCCUUUUAAAUGAAGGAUUGCUAAUAUUAGUUUCUGCAUCUGUUUAGUUUAGCUCAUGUUUUCUCCGUUUGUGCAGAGUUCAUGUAGCAAUGGUUUCACUCUGAAACCAUUGUGGUUCACUGUGGAUGUACAAACUCAUAUUUAAAAAUGGGUUUCAGAAGGCAUGAGAUGUCUAAAGGAGAUGCUUGUGUUCGUGGAAGCGAAAAUGUAGUGUGAAAAUGCUUGUUAACAUUGUUUGUUCUUUUUGUGUGUACAUGUAGAAAUGCUUCAACAUUAUGUCAACUAGACAUAAUACUGAUAUUUGUCUCUCAAGUUACACUUCCCAUUUGUUCAUUCUGAAAAGCUGUGACUGCUUCAUUUUUUUUUAAAUGAGCAUUUUUCCAAAGAAAGUUGCUGGGAGUCUUAAAAAGAAACAGCAAUAUGCUAGAGUGUGCAUUGGACUGGAGUGCAACAAACUUAACUUACGUCUCUUGCCAGUAACAGCUUUGUAACACCCACAUGAGUGGUUGUGUUUUUAUAUAUAUAUAUUCUGAUCUAAUUUGUGUAUCGCUUACGUACCUUGUUGUGAGUAGAUUCAAUUUGUACUGACAGGCGUUCUUAGAAUCCUUGAUUUUUUCAGAAUUGGAUAAAUCUCAAGAAUGAUGACUGAAGCCUCUUAAAGGAAAUAGCGUCAACUUCUUUCCAUCUAUGAAUUCCAAGCUUUAAAAAAAAAAAACAAAAACAACAA